AUGACAGAACCUAGUAAUGCGUCACAUAAAACACCCAUAAAACAAGAUAUUUCUAAUACCAACGAGAAUAGUCAAGAUUGUGAUAUUUUAUCAAUCAGAAACAAUAAAUCUAAAACAAAAUAUAUUCUAGAAGUAAGGGUCUCCGAUCCUCAAAAAAUACAUGGUGAUCGUGGAUCAUCUGGAUCAUAUGUGAGCUACCAGAUAUCAACUAAGACAAAUAAUCCUUCUUAUCACACUUCUAAUUUUAAAAACAAUCAGGACACCACCAAAGUGGAUUAUGAUAUGGACAAAAUUAUUGUUGUGCAUAGAAGAUAUAGUGAUUUACUAUUAUUACAGGAAAUAUUAUACAAUGACCAUCCCACCUGUAUAAUUCCACCGUUGCCAGACAAGAAAGUUUUCCAAUAUAUUGCAGGUGAUAGAUUUAGUCAACGAUUCACUCAAAAAAGAUGCCACAGUCUUCAAAAAUUUUUAAGACGUAUUGCAUGCCAUCCAAUUCUAUCUGAAUCAAAUGUUUUACGAAUGUUUUUGACGAGUGAUGAUUGGGAAGCAUACAAAAAAAAUUUGGCCAAAGUGUUACCUAGUACUAAGGAAGAAGUUACAGAUUCAUUCAUGAAUGCUUUCAAAUCGGUUCAUAAUCAGAGUGAAGAAUUUGUUGAGGUUAAGGAAAAAAAUGACAGGUUGAACCACACUAUUAUCAAGUUAGAUAAAAUUUUUCAUAAGAUUAUCAAAAAAAAUGAUUUCAUAUCUGAGGAUUUUAGUAAAUUGGGAACAAAUUUACAGGAGUUGAAUGAUCUAAUUAAACGCAAUCAAGAGUCCGGAGAAUGUAACAUAAAUGAUAGUAAUGAUGAAAAGUUGUCACAAAAUUUAAAAAGUUUUACGAAUGGAAUUAUUCAAUUAUCCUAUGGAUUAAGUGAUUUGAACAAAUAUCUAGAUUAUGAAUAUGUAGUUGAUUUAAAAAGUUUAGAACAUUUUAUUGACAGUAUGAGGCAAUUGGUAAAAUUGAAAGAUCAAAAACAAAUUGAUUAUGAAGAAUUAAAUGAGUAUUUAACCAAAGCAGUUAAAAUGAGAGAUAAUUUAAUAUCCGGGUAUGGUGGAACGAAUUUUUUUACUAACAAAUUAGAAGAGAUGGCAGGCAUUAAUCAAGAAUCUGUGCGCCGUGAAAAAAUUAAUAAGUUGGAAAAUAAAAUCAAUUCUCUAAAUAAUGAAUUAGAAAGUGCUAAAAAAAUAGCAGAUGCAUUCGAAAAAGAAACAUUAAAAGAAAUCAAAUUAUUCGAGGAAACAAAAACAAAGGAGCUAAAGGAAUCACUUGGAAGCCUUGCAGAUAAUCACAUAAAAUUCUAUGAAAAAAUGCUAGAAACAUGGACCGAAAUUGAUGCAAAUUUAAAAUAA